AUGGCUUCUCAAUGCAUUCUUGCAUCUCAAGUUAGUCCUAUGCACACCCGGAGAGCUAUCCAGGUGCACUUGGUGAGAACCUAUGAAGUCCCUCAAUUACGUGGGGGAGCAUCGGCCAGCAAGAGCAAAGAAUUACUCUUCCAUGAUCAAGAGGGGACCUACAUCCAUGGAACUAUUUCCAGGGAAGAUGUUGCUAAGUAUCACACUGUGUUCAUUGAGGGAAAAAUGGAGGAGACAGCGGUUCGCGGAGAAGAUUCAAUUGUUGAUUUGAUUUCUGCGAUUCCAGUAAGUAAUAGUGAUGAAGCUUUUGAGUUAUAUAAUGGAUAUGCAUACAGAGUUGGUUUUAGUGUGAGGAAAGGUCAACAACGUUAUAAGGCAUCUACUAAGUCAAUUCAGAUGAAGGGGUUCUUCUGUGCUAAGGCUGGGUAUAAGGAGAAACCAAAUAGUGGUGUCAAGCUUUAUUCAAAAAUUGAUAUAAGGAUUGGUUGUGGUGCACUUGUUCAGUUUGACGUGGGGGGCGAUGAGAUGUGGACAGUUACAAAACAUGUGAAAGAGCACAAUCAUGAGUUAUGUUCAUUUGGCAAGAGUCAUAUGCUCCGUUCACAUAGAAGAGUGGGAAAUAAUCAUCUUGAAUAUUUAAAAGAUAUGAAGAAUAGUGGUGUUGCAUUGGCGGAUAUGAGGUUUUUGGAACAUCAGUCAGGGGGUUCUCCAUUGGUUGGCUUUACCAAUCGCGAUGCUUACAAUUCGAUGACUUCUGAGAGUUUGAAGUCUUUGGAUGGGACUGAUUCCAAUUCUUUGAUUGAAAUAUUUAGGAGGAGAGCGUUUUUAAAAUCCAUGGAUGGCAAGUGUCCACAGACUAUCAUGACGGAUCAAUGUUCAGCUAUGGCUGCUGGCAUUUCUAUGGUGUUUCCUACAUCAUGCCACCGUAUUUGCAUAUGGCAUAUUGGUGAGAAUUCGAAGAAGCAUAUCAAGGCAUUAAGGAAUCAUAAGGAUUUUCUGAAUAUGUUCAAUUGUGUGUUGAAAUACACCGAGACUGAAGCUGAGUUUGAAGUUUAUUGGACAAGGAUGGUGACAGAAUAUAAGUGUCAUAAGAAUACAUGGCUAGAGAAGCUUUAUGAUUGUAGGGAGAAGUGGUGUCCAGCAUUUAACAAAGAUUAUUUUUCCGGGGGCAUUUUAUCUUCUCAAAGGAGUGAAACUACAAAUCAUUCAAUUUCUAGGAGGUUGUCUAAGACUGCUGGUUUAUGUGAUUUUUAUUCAUCCUUUGUGAGUGUUAUUUCUGAAUGGAGAAGUAAGGAAAAUGGUGAAGAUUUCCGGUGUUCUCAAGGAGUACCUGCCAUGAUGAUGGAUCAUGUGAAACUUCUUUCACAUGCUAGAGAGUGCAAGUAUCAUGUGUGGCGACCAGACAUAGACAUUAUAAGGCAUGAAGUAAGUUUUAAGGCAAUCAAUUUGGAUAUAUGUUGUAGUUGCAAGCUGUUUUCAGAAUUGGGAAUACUUUGCUGCCAUUGCUUACGUAUACUUCAUGUGCACUGUGUUUCUAGUAUUCCCGAUAAAUACAUUCUAAAAAGAUGGACUAAAAAGGUUGUUGAGGGUAGACAUGUGGACAUUGCAUCUGUGUUUUAUAAUGUUGGUGUCCCUUCUUCAAUUUGGGCUGUUGAGAUUAGUAGGAAAUUUCAAAGACUUAUUGUUUCUAGUCAAGAUAAUAGUGUUGCUAGACAAUUCUGUGAUGAAGCUGUUGAGAAUGCAAGGAAAAACGUUGAAGCUGAGAUUGGGGAUGUGAAUAUUGAGGAGGGUGUUGUGUCUUCUUCAAGUGGUAUUGUACAAGAUCCUUCAAGCCGGAGGAGUAAAGGUGUGAGAAAUAAAAGGAGUAGUAGUGUUAUUGAGAAGAAGUACAAUGCAGCAAGGGGGAGAAAGAGUGCUGCAAACAAGCUUGCUUCAAUUACAAAGGGCUCUGUCCAAUCAUUGGUCUUGGAAAAUAUAUCAGAGAUUGCUCGUGAUGGAUAUCUCGUACAUCCAAGCUCUGGGGGUUCACAGUUUGUUUAUUUUAAUAAGAAUUUAGACCACAAUGUAGAUAUAGAUUGA